AUGGGACCAUAUUUGGGUUUGCUUUAUUGGAGGCAGGGUCAGAAACCGGUCUUCAGUGCGAAAAGAUCAUCGAUAAUCGGACUGUGUGGGAUGACAGUGGAGGUGUUCAACAAUCCCGGGGAGGAGUACCAGAUUGAAGGAAAUUUCGGACAGCGAAGUUGCACGAUUUUCGAUGCGGCAAAGGUAUCAGUGGCUGAGAUUAAACGCAAAGUUGAUGCUUCCGCUAACGUGGUGCUUGGUAAGGACGUUUUCUCGCUUUCCUUGAAACCUGGUUUUGAUGGGGCCUUUGCUAUGGGCUUGGUACUCGUUCUUGAUCAGAUCAACGGUGAUGAUUAUGUGGAAAAUGAUGAGGCUGAGAUGAGCCCUACCGCGGAGGAUUAAUGUGCUGUGUAUUUUAUAAAUAUUGGCCUUGGAUCUCUUUUUCUAAAUAA